GUUGGGGGCGUGGACAGACAGGUGCUGAUAUCAGCGGAAGCGGAAACCRURGCUUCGUGUCGUCUGCUCGAAGAUAUCUGAAUAUCUCUGCUGCUGGUAUCUGGUUUCUGACUCCCUGAUACAAAAACCAGUACAGUCAGGAGGCAGAGAGAACAGCAAGAUGAAAGGUCACUGAUCUACAACCUGCACGCAAGCAAUUUAAGCUAACAGUUCAGCAAAAGAGGCAGCAUUUACUCAAGACUGGUGGUCGCAUUCCCCACCUGGUCAACAUGACGUCUUCAAUGCUUCGAAGGCAGCUGAAGAACCUGGUCCAGAAUUACUCUGAGGCUGAGGUCAAGGUUAGAGAAGCGACAUCCAAUGAUCCAUGGGGUCCUUCCAGCUCUCAGAUGGCUGACAUCUCUGAUCUCACCUACAAUGCGGUGGCUUGCAGCGAGAUCAUGACAAUGCUCUGGAAACGCCUGAAAGACGACAGGAACUGGAGACAUAUCCACAAGUCUCUGACUCUGUUGGAGUACCUCCUGAAGACUGGUGAUGAUCGUGUGAUGCUGAAAAUGAAAGAAAACAUCUACAUUGUCAAAGCUCUCACAGAAUAUCGUUUUGUGGAAAAGGAUGGGAAAGAUCAGGGAGUGAAUGUAAGAGAGAAGGCCAAAGUUGUUCUUGUUCUUAUGGAGGAUGAUGAAAAACUGAAAGAAGAAAGAGAGUUUGCUAUGAAGACCAGAGAAAAGACAUCCAAAGGUUCUGCUGCAUCAUCCACAGACAAUGUCAAGGAUCCUAACUACAAACCAGUCUUUGUUGCUGGAGCUUCAGGACUUCCAUGCUUAGACAACAUUCCAUCUGUGGCCGACUUGACUGCUUCUUUUGCUGCCCGCAAAGAAGAGCGACUUCGACAAGAAGCAGAGAAGAAGGAGACUGAGAGACGAGCCAAGAUGAGCGAAGAUGAGCUUAAAUGGGAGGAUGCAGGAAAAGCUGAAAAUGCAGCUAGUGAAGCAUGGGGCGGAGAGAAAGAGGAGGAGGAGAAGAAGGAGGAAGUGAAAUCAGAUCCAUGGGGAGCUCCCAAAGAACCUAGUACAGAUCCUUGGGGUGCUCCAGCCAAAAGUGAAGAUCCAUUUGUGGCAGACAAAACUGAUGAGGAUCCAUUCACUGCACCUAAAGACAAAGAAGAUCCAUUCACUGCCCCCAAAGAUAAACCMGAUCCAUUCAGUGCUCCAAAGGAAGAUCCRUUCARUGCUCCAAAGGAAGAUCCGUUCAGUGCUCCAAAGGAAGAUCCGUUCAAUGCUCCAAAAGAAGAUCCAUUCAGUGCUCCAAAGGAAGAUCCGUUCAAUGCUCCAAAGGAAGAUCCGUUCAGUGCUCCAAAAGACGAUCCAUUCAGUACUGCAAAAGAUGAUCCAUUUAAUGCUCCAAAGGAUGAUCCGUUUAAUGCUCCAAAGGACGAUCCAUUCAAUGCUCCACAGGUCGAUCCAUUUAACGCACCCAAGGAUGAUCCUUUUAGUGCACCAAAAGACGAUCAGCUUAAAGCCCCCAAUGGUGACCCAUUUAGUACUCCAGAAAAUGAUCCAUUUAAUGCUCCAAAAGAUGAUCAAUUUAGUGCAGUAAAAGAAACCCCAAAAGAUGAUCCAUUUAAUUCCCCGAAAGAUGAUCCGUUUGAAGCUUCAAAAGACGAUACAUUUACAACACCAAAAGACGAUCCUUUUGGUGUCCCAGCAAAUGACCCUUUCACUGCUCCAGUAUCAACACCCCCUAAAGAGGAGCCGAUAGUAGAAGCAACAAUAUCUAAGGCUGAUUCGUUCACUGGUCCCACAACGCCACCUAAAGCAUCAUUUUCAUCACCAACCAAACCUGUUCAAAACGAUCCUUUUGGUGGACCAACAACGGACGAUCCGUUUUCUACAACAUCAAAAGACCACCCAUUUACAGUGCCAUGUAGUCCACCAACCGAGGCAGCUUCGGAUCCCUUCAGUGCCGCUGCAGCAGGUUCACCCCAAGAAACUGCAGAUACCUGGGGAGCUCCAACCAGUUCUCCGCCUGCCAAAGGCUCUGAUGCUUGGGGGGCACCGAGUGUUCCAAAGGAAACCAAGAGUGCYGAUCCCUGGGGGGACGACCCAAGUGUCUCUUCACCACUUGAUGACGCUGACCCAUUUGGAGAUGCAACCAAGCCAGACGAUGACACAUGGGGAGCCCCUGACUCUAGACUCUUGACCCAAGUCCAGCCCCUGACGGCUGCUACCCUGAAAGUUUUAGACGCUUCUCUUCUCCCAUACUCCUGA